AUGUCUGGUGCCAUGCCAAGUACACCCUUCCUCGCAUUGAAUCACCUUACUGACAUCCCAGACACCAUACUAUUCCUGAGGGGCGAAGCAGCGAAGGGGGCAGCAAGGCUUCAAGCCUACGGCAGCCUCACUCUUGAAACUAUCGCCCACAGGAAGGGAACUAUCAAAAACCACACCACAAUCAACAAACAAUUCAUGGAGGAUCUCAACAUACCACCUAGAGCCACAAGAGACCUCACAGCACCAACCAUGAUGCUGGGACGGCACUUCACCGUCACCACUCCUGGAACUAACAACACUGAAUACAGAACCGCACUCCAACACACCAUCGACAACAUUACCAGUGAAACGAUUACCUGCUACACAGACGGGUCUCUAUCAGACUCCGGAAGUGGGGCUGGGUACAUCAUCAAGACUGACAACAACAACACCACCCUGGAAGAGAGAUCAUUCAAGCUCCCUGAUUAUUGCACUGUCUACCAGACAGAGCUCACUGCAAUCAUUGAAGCCUGCAAGUAUCUCUCAUCCUACACCAAUUCACACAUCAUUAUAUGGUCUGAUAGUCUCUCCUCCAUACAAGCUAUUUCCUCGCUCUCAACGAGGAGCAGAACUACUAGAGACUGUUAUGACACCCUUAACGCACUCGGAUCGAACAACACUCUAGAGAUCCGAUGGAUCGCAGCCCAUAUUGGGUUGUGGGGAAAUGAAAAAGCGGAUGAGCUGGCCAAGCUUGGCACGACCAGCGAACUCGUUUUGAAAUGCCCAAUCCCUCAAUCUUACAUCAAACGACAAAUCGACAACAAAGUCCACAGACUGAAUCAGGAUAUCUGGUUAACGGAUGGUCCUAGACACACCAAACUAACACUUGGCCAAAAGCACACCAAAAUAAUCAAUAAUAUAAACACGUCACUCAUCAACAAUAGACAAGACUAUAGAAUUGAACCGCAGUCCACCUAA